UAUCACGGGAGAGGGAGAGAAAAGAAGAAAAAAAAAAGAAAAGAGCUCGUCUUUGAGACAUUCGUCUUCAGCGUUUCUAACACCCUGCCGCCCCCCGCCCCCCUCCCCGCCCCCGUGUUCCUGGACGUCCCCUUGUGUAACUUCGAUCUUUGGCCCGCGUGUCAUCCCGACCGCUCUUCCCGUCCCUUCUCCAAUUAGCAACGAUGGGGACUUCCGGAGAUCAGCACGGCCUCGAGCUGCGCAGCGUGGGCGGCAAGCAGCCGCUCCAUGCCACUGCCGAAGUCGAGCCCGGGCGAAGCAACGGAACAUGCACCUAUCUCGUCGAAGGUGGCGGCAACGAUGGUGACCCGGACGAGGAGCUGUACUCGGGUCAUACAGUAAACGACAAGAGGGACAUGCAGCGGAUGGGAAAGAAGCAGGAGUUUCGGAGAAACUUUCGAAUGCUGUCCACGAUCGGCUUUACCAUCUGCGUGACGGGUACUUGGAUCAUCUUGUUGACAUCCAACACCCAGGGUCUUAUCGCCGGCGGCAUGGCGGGUCUCUUCUGGUCCCUUGUGUGGUCACAUCUUGGGCAAUUCUUCAUCGUGCUCUCCCUCGCUGAGAUGGCGUCUAUGGCGCCCACAGCCGGUGGGCAGUACCAUUGGGUAUCUGAGUUUGCGCCGCGCGAAUAUCAAAAGAUUCUGAGCUACCUGUCGGGCUGGCUCUCGACGGUGUCGUGGCAGAGCAUCGUUGCGCUGGACGCCUUUCUCAUCGGCUCCAUCAUCCAGGGGCUCAUCACGCUCAACGACGAGUCGUACUCCCCGACGCGUUGGCAGGGCACGCUGCUCGUCUUCGCCUCGGUCAUCGGCGUCUCCCUGUUCAACGUGUUCGCCGCCAAGCACCUGCCGCUCGCCGAGGGUACAUUCGUGACGCUGUACAUCUUCUCAUUCUUUCCCGUCAUCAUCACCCUGCUGGUCCUCGCGCCCAAGCAGUCGGCCAGCGCCGUCUUCACGCAGUUCACGGACAAUGGCGCCGGAUGGCCGUCGAUAGCGCUUACCGUCAUGGUCGGGCAAGUCUCGAGCAUGUUUGUCGUUCUAGGCUCCGACUCUGUGGCGCACAUGGCCGAGGAGAUUCGGGACGCGGGCAUCGUUGUGCCCAGAUCCAUGGUCUGGUCGUUUCUGCUAAACGUCCCCUUCACCUUUGCGCUCCUCCUGACGUAUCUCUUCUGCAUCGGAGACGUUACCGAGGCGCUCGGCUCUCGGACUGGGUUCCCGUUCAUGUACGUCUUUCAGAACGCGACGGGAACGGUCGGCGGCGCGACGGGCCUCACCGUCGUGGUCCUGGUGCUGCUCACCAUGAUCACCAUCAGCUCGCUGGCGUCCACGUCGCGGCAGACGUUUGCCUUUGCGCGCGACAACGGGCUCCCGUUUUCCAACUGGCUCGGAGCUGUCCACCCAUCAUGGCAAGUCCCCGUCAACUCUGUCAUCUUCACCUGCGGCUUCUCCAUGGCGUUUGCGCUCAUCAACAUCGGCUCGACGGUGGCCUUCAACGCCAUGCUCUCGCUGUCGACGGUGGCGCUCAUGGCCACGUACGUCGUGUCGGUCGGCUGCGUGACGGCCAAGCGCUUCCGCGGCGAGCCCCUGCCGCGCUGCCGCUGGAGCCUCGGACGGUACGGGCUGCCCGUCAACCUCGUGGCCAUGGUCUACGCGUGCUGGUCCUUCUUCUGGAGCUUCUGGCCCAACAGCCACGACGUUACCGUCGAGACCUUCAACUGGGCGUGCGUCAUCUUCGUCGGGCUCAUGGGUCUGUCGUCCGUCGUUUACUUUUUCAAGGCGCGGCACGUAUACGAGGGGCCCGUCGUCAAGGUGCAGGAGCAAAAGGAUUGCUAGCCCCCCCCCUUCCCGUCUCAUCAUUUGAUGUUGGCAUUGGGGCAAAACUCUGGCGAGUUGGGGCUGAGCAACAUGUAAAUGUCUAACGCGCCCACUAUUUGCCCGUUUUCCUGAGACGCAUGAACCCGCGCCAUCGUCAUCUGCAUGAAUUGAAAACCUUCGUAUAUACCUACCUAAAGCAGGAGUACCGAGCUCCUCUCAAGGUGGAUCGGCCGUCACAGAGUUAUUGAAUGUGGCUAUUCAACAAGAGCCCGCUGCUGAUUUGUCGCAACCUGUCUGUCCUCUCUCGUGCUGAGAAACUCGCCUCCCCGUUCAGCUACCAAAGCCAGUUCUGACCGUAGGCUGUGGGGUCCUAUAGAAAGUCUCAAGCCGACGGAUGAAUAGCUGACUGAAUGGGUCGAUUAUGGCCCAGGCCAAGACGCCGCUAACUAGCAUUUUCGUCACACCUUGGACCCCCACCGAACGUGGAACGUGGACAUGACUUCACAUCGUUUUCAGCGUCGCGUGAUCUGCACGACUACGAUGAUCGAGAUGAGAAAUCCUUCCAUCUUUUUGGCAUAAUGAGGCAACAUCGACUCGAGCCCCAGACUCUCUCGCUCUGUGGGGUGUGAACUGAAUUGUCUGAGAUACUAAUACGGUAGGUAGCACACGUAGUAAAUGCAAUGGCAACCUACCACGAACGAACGCCCGGACGUUGGUCGGCAAGGAAACGCACCUUCGCGCCGCGACGUUCAACGUUGGCCUCCCAUCGCGCAAAGCCACCUACCUGCCCCUUUUGUCCGACUUGAACACUGGAAGACCACAAGCAAUGCUUCUGCCUCUCCUCUGGGUUCUACCCAGAAGCUGGUAUAGGAACUUGGUAGGGCUCACUGC